AUGUUAAGCAAUAAAACUCAAUAUCAUUUUACGAAUUUUAAAGUUUUACGCAUCUCUAAUUCAAAACUUUACAAUUUCACUUACUUCGAAGCUUUAAAAAAUGUAGGUUUUCUUCCUGCUUCUGAGCAUAAAGAACUCGACGCUGAGACAUCUGAUGAUGAUGAUAAUGUUGAUCGAGAAACACCCAUAACAAAUCAAAUACGCAUCAGUGGUUUACCUUGGAAUAUGUCUCAUGAUCAGCUGUUCGAUGCACUUUUCCGUGAAUUUUCUACAGUUGGCCAAAUUAAAAUGGAUCAACGAACAAGGAAAGCAUUGAUCUUUUUAUUUAAAAGAAGAAAGAAUAAGGCUCGACCAGCUGGUACCGCAAAGAUCACAUACGAAAAAGAACAAUCAGCAAUGGAAGCCAUUGCAAAAUAUAAUGAAAACGUAGUUUUUCUUCCUACUUCUUCAGACAAACAACCAAAGCCUAAACAAUCUCAUACUGUCGUUGCUGAUGAUGCAAAAAUGCCCAUAACAAAUCAAAUACACAUCAGUGGUUUACCAUUCACUAUGCCCGACCAGGUUCUGUUCGAUACACUUUGGGAUCUAUUUUCUACUGUUGGUCAAAUUAAGAUAGAUCAACGGACAAGAAAACCAUUCAUCUUUUUAUUUAAAAGAAAAGAUAACAAGACUCAACUGGCUGGUACUGCAAAGAUUACAUACGAAGAAAAACAAGCAGCAACAGAUGCGAUCGCAAAAUAUGACAGAAAUCGUGUACCGAUAUUAAAUAAUGCUCAAAUUCUUGUGAAGGAAUGGAAAAUGAAAACUUCCGUACCACCACCGACACCACUACCACUAACUCGUAAGUAUUUGCAGCAGUAAAACGUUUAAUAUGUAGAACGCUCUCGAUUACCUCGAAAUCAAACGUCUGAGAUCGAAUUAUUGUUUCCGAUGAACCGAAUUGAUAAUCAUCAGGUUUCUAUUCGAUCUAAGAAAAAAAUUAUUUGUAUUCUAUUUGUGAAACAUUUAACGUUCCAAAAUCUCGCCAUCUAUCAUCCGUGCUCAUAUGAGCUCUGAUCAGAGUAAGGGAGCGGUUUUUCCAAGGAGGAAACAUUGUAUUUUUGCAUUUUAAAGUACUUCAAGUACUGUCAAAUACAGCAAAAGUAUUUUAAAGUACCCUAAAGUACAUUGAAGUAAUGAAAAGUAGGUGAAAAUAGCUUGAAGUGUCCUAAACCCCAGGGAUAGACCAUUUUUUAAACAUGAUUUAAUUAAUGUAAAGCUAAUAAGAUUUCAAUUCGGUUUUUUUCGAUUAGAGGAGACUUAUUCCAAGAAAAUAGCUGAAUUUUGUAAAACUUGACUAAAAGUUCUUGGGGUCGACGAUUUCAAAUCUGUAGGUGGUUUGUUGAAAUAUUGAAGGUUGAUAUUUUCGGUUGAGAUUGGGAAAGGCCUAUAUUGAUAAAAUAGCUGAAUCUUAUAAAACUCGACUAAAGGUUUUGGAGGCGAAAUCAUCCGAAUCAAUAGUUCCUUCGUCGAGAUUUUGUAGACUGAUUUUUACGACCUGUGAUGGUCAACUUAUAAUGGAUUUAGAGAAGUUCUACAAAAUUUCAGUCUUUUCUCAACAUAGAUAGGCAUUCUAUGACUGAAAAAAAUCAAACUUCAAAGUUUUGACAAACCACUUAUAGAUUUGGAUUUCUCGAUCACGAAAACCUUUAGUCAAGUUUUAUAAAACUCCGCUAUUUCCUUGAAAUAAGCCUCCCAAAACGAAAAAACCCACAAUGGAAUAGCAUUAGCUUUACAUUAAUUAAGUCACAUUGAAAAAUGAUCCAUUCCUAUAUAUAAGUAGUAGAGAAAUCUCCUGCAUACUGCAUACUUGUUUUUUCCUUCAACAUUUGACCUUCAACUCGGUAACAGACACUUGACAUUAUGUGUAUUGAUAGCCUUACAGCCUCAUAUCCUUAUAUCGCUCGUAGCCUUACCCUCUUAUAGUCUUAUUCGACUUUUGGUCUUUAAUCUUUACCCUCGGCACAGACAUACACGAACAUUAUGGAUUCCCUGAUCAAAAUAAGUGGUACAACUAGUGUUUUUCGAUUUAAUAGUCAAUAUAUUGGAAAUCAGACCCCGUAUUUAUAUCAUAUGUGCUCGGUAGUAAUAUCUAACUAUGGAGCAGACAUAAGUUUCAAAUUGUGACGGUUUGUUGAAAACAAGAAAAAUCUCUCUUGUAUACUAUAUCAUGUGUGUAAUAAAAAAUUGGUUUCUCCGAUCAACUUUCUAAAUUUUUGGGUGUUGCUGAGUAAUGUGUAUGCAUGACUAACAUCCUUCAAAAAAAGACGUAUUAGCUGUCAUUAUAAGAAGAACACAUUGAAUAAUAUAUUCUUAACCUGUCAUUUACUAAAAACAAUCAACACCAGCGAAAUUCGCUAUGUUGAAAGUGCAUCAGGAGAUUAAUUUUCUAUAACACGCAUGAUAUUGUACAUAACGGAGAUUUUUUUCUUUUCAACAAACUGUCACAGGCGAGGCUGAUGUCUACUCCAUAGGCAGAUAUUACUACCUAGCACAUAUGGUAUGAAUAUGAGCCCCGAUCUCCAAUGUAUUGAUCAUCAGAUCGAAAAGACUAGGUAUACCACUUACUUUGGCGAGGCUGAUAUAUAGGUUCUAAAGUGCUUUAAAGUAAAAUAAAAUACCUCAAAAUGCGGUAAAGUACAAAAAUUCGAUGUUUCUCCCGUUGGUUUUCUCUCGUGUCUACUUGAACGGUAGGUAUGUAAAUAGCGUGCAUUUUUUCAUAGAGAUUAUUUUUUGUUGAAAAAAUUAUCUUUUCAUGAAGAGGUAUUUUGCUAGUAAGAAAAUCAUUUUUCUAUAACAAACUCAUUGUUUCAUUUUAAAUAAAUGCGGAAACUUCGGAUUUAAAUCCGAGAGUUAUGUGUACUUCAAAAAGCGAAUCAGACGAAUCAGCCAUCCUAGAAUGUGUGGACAUCAAAAUUAUACUGGGGAACCUACCCUCUAAACUGUUGAUUUCUAUUGGAUAUUGCCAAACCAAUAGGACUUGGGACCGAAUACAGCUCAAAUUUGAACUCUUCCCCUUGAUUUACCCUAACGAAAGUCGUUUUUCCUAUAACUUGAUUUCUAUUGAUCGCUGCUCAACCAAUAGCAUUUCGAUGGAAGUGGCGUACAGAUUCGAGUUCUCCACCCCAGAAAACCUUGAAGCAUCAUCACCGUGAUCGGAAGAUAGAGCUCUAUUUGUGGAUCAAUUAGAUCGUGAACAAAAAUAUAACCUAGGUCUCUUUAAUUAUCUUUGUGAUAGGGGAGUCAACUUUCUUGUUUCUUUAUGUUUUAUAUACCAUUUUGUAGCUCUUUAAAUUCUCUAUCGAAUGGUAUAUAAUAGUUGGGGUUUUAGUUGACUAUGAUAGGAAAAGUUGUUUACGAAAGCGGGAAUGGGUCGAUCUUUCCAUACGGAAGGUAUAGGGAAAAAUGAAUAUUUUUGCAAUAACUCAGGAAGGGCUCGGCCAAUCCUUUUCAUCUUCGAACUCGACCGAGAUAUUGUUAAGACUGAACUGUGUAGAAAAUUUCAUCGCGAUCUGACUCUCCUUUCAAAAGUUAUCGUGUAAACGGACGGACGGACACACUGAUCGAUUCUAGAGUGUACUCACUUUUUGAGUACACAAACAUCGUUUUUUUAUUCAGAAUUGUUUUCUAUGCCAGAAAAAGACAUUUUUGCGAAAAAAACCUUCUUUAUGAAUAAAUAAUUUGUAUGAAAAAGAGUAGUUCAAAUAGAUAUUUAUCCAUCAUGCUCAGCUGAGCGCAUGCGGUAUAGCCCUGCUAGCACUGCGUAACUAAUUUAGUAAUGCUGCACUUUUUGUCUUGUGCGGAAACAUAAGACCAGUGAACUAUAGCUUUAGAGACUAGUUGAAACUUCGUAGAAACUCAGAAUAUCGCAGACUGCGAUACAUAUUUCAGAAAAAUCUACGUGGUCCUACUGAGUCUCAUGGGAUCCAAAAAGUCCAGAUAAAUGUGCACCGACUAUCAGUCAUGUUUUUACCUAGGAAAAUAGAAAAUUUAAUUUACUUUAAGAGUGUUGAUGACUUAUGCUAAUCAUGAUAGCAAAGGGCAUAUAGAAAAACAUCUUGGCCAACUUUUAAUGAGAUUCAAAUUAGGGUAUGAAGGAAGUGCUCAGUUUUCUAAGAGCGCAGUUCGAAAAAAGUAUUGCGGCCAAAAAUGAAAAAAUACUUUGUUGUUGAGUCGAAUUUCUUCUCGCAAGCACAUCAGCGAAUCGAACUGAUAAAAGAAUAAAGUUAUAAUUUGUAAAAAUUGAAACUUGGAUUUAAUUGAGUUUCGAAAGUUUAAGUGGCUGCCGAUGUUUCAACCACAGAGAAAUAUACUCGAAGCCUCUUUCGAUUUGGGUCCUACUGAAGGAUGCACACCACAUCUUGUUCAAUUUUACUGCUAUGGAGUAAUACACACUAUGUUUCUGAUGAUAUGUGAGUCCUUCCAUAUUUGAAACUCGAAAGUUGAGAAUUCAAGUAAAGUCAAGUUCAAAAUUUGAUACUACUGUGUCUUUUAUGGAAGUGUUUCCAAUUCGAAUUAGUUUACAUGUAGGAAGAAGAAUGAUAUAGGAAUCGGCUUAAUCGUUUUUAGAAUAGUAUUGGAAUCGUCUAUAUUGAUUUUUUCUUAGACAUUCUUAUGGAUAAUCUAAAGAGUUAUUUGAUUAAAACAUUUCAUUAGACAGGUUUUACUCAUUUUCAAGAAUUGUAGAGUCUUGGCUUCCAGGAAUGUUUCUCAGUAGAUCAAUAAACGAUUGAGAUAUUUCGUCAAAGAUUAAAUAAUCUAAGGGCAUACAACAUUAUGCUACGAAAAAUGUCUGGCUGAAAAUAUGGACUCUUUUUAUUGCCAGAAGUCUUCUAUUCAUAAACUCUUUUACUCAAAAAAUCUUAAAAAGGUUUUAAUGGGGUCAAAUACUCUUGUAGGAAUCAUGAUUAAUUUCGGUCAACGCUAUAGUUGACUAAUCUAUAUCUUUUCUCACAGGACCUCAGGCACAACCCAGUGGACCAGUCAGUAUUUUUUGGGAUAUCGAAAAUGUGGCCAUUCCUACUCGACAUAGCGUCUUUGACAUUGUCAUGAAUCUGCGACAACGACUUAUUGAAGACCGGAACUUAGCAGAGCGUGCUUUUAUAGCUUACUGUAAUAUCAACAGUCUUCCACAACAGCAUCAAAACGGUCUAUCGUAUGCCAAUGUGACUACUAAGCAUAUAGUAGGUCGCAAGUCUGGAGCCGCCGAUCGACAAAUUGUCCUGGAUAUACAAUCACUCCUCAAACAUGAGACACCUGUCACAUUAGUGCUUAUAAGUGGAGACAUCGAUUUCGUUCAACAGAUAAAUGAGCUUCGCUUUCGCCAUAAACACUAUAUAAUUCUCGUCCACAAUCGGCAAGCGAAGCAGGAGCUCUUGAGAACAGCUAAUGAAGCUUAUCCAUGGGAGGUAUUCACUGAUCAGUGUUGUAAAGCGACCAAUAACACUGAUGUUAGUGGAGAUCCAGGUGCUAUCUCCGAAAAAGGAAAGCAGGAUGAGCAUAACAAAAAUCCCCAAAAGUGGGAUAAAACUUAUCGAAAAGAUGUCUUGAUGAUGAAACAAAAUAUCGAAAGAUCUUUA